AAAAAGUCAAGCGGGUUACCUCAAUGGUCUAAGGGACCCACGUGGCUUGGGUACACGAGUAAAUCAGUGCUAAGCCGGGUCGUGUAGUUGUUCCUGUUUAUAUUUUCGUUAAAUAGUUCAAGUACAAAUAAACAAUGGGAGAUAAGUGUGUUAUUCUGGUGACCGGUGGAACAGGCUUGGUGGGCCAGGCUAUCAAAACCAUCGCUGAGGGUGAAGAAAAAAGGCCAAACGAGGAAUGGUAUUUUGCCAGCUCUAAGGAUGGGGAUCUCUCAGACCGUGCUGCUACAGAGAAGCUGUUUGAGAGAGUGAAGCCGACACACGUAAUUCACCUGGCUGCCAUGGUUGGGGGGUUAUUCCGUAAUCUCAAAUAUAACCUGGACUUCUAUAGGAUUAACACCUUGAUUAAUGACAAUGUCCUGAACACAAGCUUCAAAACCGGUGUCAAGAAAGUGGUUUCCUGUCUGUCCACUUGUAUAUUUCCUGACAAAACCACAUAUCCUAUUGAUGAAACCAUGGUUCAUAAUGGUCCACCACACGAUUCCAACUUUGGAUAUUCUUACUCCAAAAGAAUGAUAGAUGUCCAGAAUAAAGCGUACAACAAACAACAUGGCUGCCAGUUUACGUCGGUUGUACCUACGAACGUUUUCGGAGCCCACGACAACUUUAAUCUGGAGGACGGGCACGUACUGCCGGGACUUAUAAACAAGAUCUACUGCGCUAAGAGGGACAACACACCCUUCACGGUGUGGGGGACAGGAUCACCCCGCCGACAGUUCAUCUACUCCCUUGAUCUGGCCCGUCUGAUGAUCUGGGUGUUGAGGGAAUACCCCGAAAUCGAUCCCAUCAUCCUCUCUGUGGGAGAGGAGGAUGAAGUCAGUAUUAAGGAGGCAGCUGAGGCAGUCAUUGAGGCCAUGGAGUUCAAGGGGGAGGUGAAGUUUGACACCACCAAGUCCGAUGGUCAGUUCAAAAAGACCGCCAGUAACGCCAAACUCCGAAAGUACCGACCAGACUUCAAAUUCACACCAUUCAAACAAGCUGUGAAAGAGUCAUGUGACUGGUUUAUGACCAAUUACGAGACAGCAAGAAAGUGAGAGAAUCUCCUGCAUCUGUAUCGUCACUACCAGGGUCGACAUAUAAAUGUACAACUGAAGAUGAACAACAAACUCAUUAUUUAUUGGGCCUAACUUUUGGAGCACAAAGAGGGUAUAUAAUCAUUGGUUUACUCUGUAUCUUUAGUGUGGCUGUUUCUCUGUUUGUCAUGUAUACAUUGUCAUAUGCUGUGAGAUUAAUUUCUGAGAGGUCUUGAUCAUAUACGAUCAGGAAGUUCAUUCUGGGGGGAAAUUAAAACUGUUCAUGUGAGAAUAUUUAUUUAAAAAGAAAGUGUUGUAAAUGAGUUCUUUAUCUCUCGUAUUAAUUUUUUUUUUAGAAUAAAUUAUUUGAUAUUAUAUUAUUAUUCAAAAUAUUUUGUAAAUGAGGUUAUUUUUCGUCAUGCAUAAUAUGUUGGUAAUUUAUUCCAUUAGUUCAUUAAGUAUACCUUUUUAGUAUGUAUGAACCAUUAUUGUAUAUAUCAUGUAUAUUGUGUUCAUCUAAAUUUAUGUGCUCACCAUUCCAUUUACUUGUGUACUAUUUUUUUUUAUCUUACAAUUUUUUUUCUUUUACAAUAUUGGAUAUUGUUUAUCUCUCAAUCAUGAAAUCCAACAUCAGCUGUGAGCUUAUUUUCUCAUUUUAAUAAAUGUGGAAUUGAAA